AUGUCCACAAACGCCUCAUCUUCGGAAAUAGGCCAAUGUAUUCAAAUUCUGCUCCUUAUAUUUUUUCCGCCAUUAGCGAUAUGGUAUCAUGAUGGAAAAUGCUCCAACGUAGUCUGUCUCAACCUUAUUCUUUGCAUGCUCAUAGUUCCGGGCUUUAUUCAUGCUUGCUGGUACUGCUGCUGUGCCGAAGAGAAGGAAGAGAAGCCAAAAGAGCUUAGCGAAGAACCUGUACUUUCCCCAUAA